UAUCGUAUUAAAAGGAGGCAGAAAACUAAGAGAUUUUCAUAGUGGGAUCGCUCGCUCAUCAGAGUAAUAGCAUUAUGGCAUCAUUUAAUCGACAAAGAUGUCGUGUUGCAAUUUUAUUUCUUCUUCUAUCUUCCGCCAUCGGAUCUCCUUCUGGGGAUCUUAAAACGUUGAGGUCUCAAUAUUUAGCUCGAAGGGUAGAAUCAGGUACCGAAGCAAAUAUAACAUCAACUACAACUCUAGCUAAUCCAGUGGAAAUAACAACAACUGAAACUGCAUAUCAGACCGAUACUUCAACUUUGGCCUACCCUACUACUACUAUCCAACCUUCGCCUGAUAAUCCAAUGCCAGAGAUGCCACAAGAAUCGCAGAAAUCUCGAAAUGGAGAACAGCAAAAACAGUUGAAUAAUAUUUAUCGUUCUGGGAACAAGACAAAUUUGCCGUACCAACAAGACGUGUCCCACACACAUAGACCGGGAAGCAAGGGAAACGCUCCAAGAGAAUCGCCGCCACACGGGCCUAAUUGGGCAACAUCCACUCCAACCCCAGUGACUGCUGAAGCAGACGCAGAACAAUCUAUCGGGUCUGAAGGGAACGAAAUCUUUCGUGCUGAAGACUUGCUUACGCCACUUCCUCGCAUCGCGUAUUUUCUUACGCGAUUGAUGAGUAUGUCCAUGCAAAAUCUUGACUCAGCUUUCCGGGGAACUGUAAGAAAUCCGUCUCCAGUUGUUCAGUAUACCCACAGCUUCCGCACCACUCUGUUGCAGAUUAGUCAAAAGCUUAACAACGCUUUCUUAGUCUCCCUUACCAAUGCAGACCAGAUUAAAAUGCACAGUCUCUUUGUGCCUAGCAAAGUAAAAGAAGUCGCCGGUUAUAUGGAGAAAUUUGAAAAUUCCAGCCGAAUAAUCGAAUUUAUAUAUUUACCGUUGAAGAACUUGAAAGAGACCAGCGACCAAACUUUAAAUCUCUCCAGUCAAAUAGCCAGCGAGUUUGGAGAAUUGGUUUAUUUAGUCGAUGAGCUUACUAAAUUUCACACUUCGUCCAAGUCAGAUAAAGAGCAACAGUUGAAGACCACCUCCGCUGAGAUACAGUCGAGAUACGUCAGGAAGAAGAAAAUCGAGGAGGAAAUUGUUUUCAUUAGACAUGAGAUCGAGAACUGGAGAAGGAAAAAACAAAGGGAUGAGGCAGAAUUUAAUAAUACUAUGGAUGCCUUAAAAGAUUUGCAUUCUGAAAAAACUAAUUGCGAUUGGGCAUAUAACUGGAGAACUGUGAGAUGGGACAUUUGGUACUGUUCCGAACCUGAUCCUUACCGAAUUCAGCAGGCCAAUCAGUCAACAGGAAUAGCUAAAUCAAAACUAGAAAACACGAUGAAAUUCCUUCAUGCCAAAGAAGAAGAAGCCCGGAAAAAAAGAGAAGAAGAAAAUCAGUUACUGAUCACAGCCGAAAGCUUGAGACACGAAAUGCAUCAACUUAAUGAAGACUUGCAACUGCUUGGGAACACUAGCGACCCGCUUAAUCGGCUGAGGAAAAAUAAUUUAAAAAAACUGGACGUCAGUUGGAACAAAUUUGUCGCCAUUUUUAGAGACAUUCAAUCUGGUGCCAAGAAGAACCUCGAAAUUGUUGAAGAAGCAAAUCGUACGUCUACCCAUUGGAGCCACCAACAUUCCGAAAAAAUCUCGCUCAACUUGAAUAAGACAAAGGAAGACUUGCUUUUGGUUAAAACCGUUAUCGAGAUCUACCUGGAGGGAUCCAGGGAAAAUAUUGGAGAAUUGUUUGCAGAAGUGGAGCAGAUGAUGACGAAAAGAGAGAACCCAGGAGAACUAGAGCGUAGUCUUCAAGACAAAUGUAAGAAGGUAAUUGAAGAAAUUAAAACAUUAGCAGAAAGGAAUAAGGGACCAAUAAAAACCCAAACCCCGAAACAAUUUCCAAAAGGUAAAGAUAGUCGCCCUGAGAAAUAUGUUUAAAUAUUGUGUCAUAUGUUUUCCAUGAUUGAUUGUUAUUAAAAUAGUUACGUGUAGCUUCAUUAAUAGAACUAUAGGCAAUACAUUGGAUCUAUAA